CAUCCAUCAUCUGUAACCGCUUAUCCUAUCACAGGGUCGCGGGGGGGGCUUGAGCCGAUCCCAGCUGACAUUGGGCAAAGGCCAUCACAGGCUGGCGGCCGGGUCGCCAUGCCAUCAGAGGCUGGUGACCGGUCGCAAGGCCAUCAGAGGCUGGCGGCCGGGUUGCCAGGCCAUCACAGGCUGGCGGCCGGGUCGCCAUGCCAUCACAGGCUGGCGGCCGGGUCGCCAUGCCAUCACAGGCUGGCGGCCGGGUUGCCAGGCCAUCACAGGCUGGCGGCCGGGUCGCCAUGCCAUCACAGGCUGGCGGCCGGGUCGCCAGGCCAUCACAGGCUGGUGACCGGUCGCCAGGCCAUCAGAGGCUGGUGGCCAGUCGCCAGGCCGUCAGAGGCUGGCGGCCGGGUCGCCAGGCCAUCACAGGCUGGUGACCGGUCGCCAGGCCAUCAGAGGCUGGUGGCCAGUCGCCAGGCCAUCAGAGGCUGGUGGCCGGUUGCCAGGCCAUCAGAGGCUGGCGGCCGGGUCGCCAGGCCAUCAGAGGCUGGCGGCCGGGUCGCCAGGCCAUCACAGGCUGGCGGCCGGGUCGCCAGGCCAUCACAGGCUGGUGACCGGGUCGCCAGGCCAUCACAGGCUGGUGACCGGUCGCCAGGCCAUCAGAGGCUGGCGGCCGGGUCGCCAGGCCAUCAGAGGCUGGCGGCCGGGUCGCCAGGCCAUCACAGGCAGGUGAAUCGGUUCGCCAGGCCAUCAGAGGCUGGCGGCCGGGUCGCCAGGCCAUCACAGGCUGGUGACCGGGUCGCCAGGCCAUCGUCGUACAAACAGAACCACAUGGGGCCGGCCCUGUAGUGCCAACCUAUCA